AUGGCUCGAGCGGGCACUUAUUUCAAGAUGAACAAGAAUGUUGAGGUGAAUGUGAUGAUGUAUGGUGGCAACGCCAUAGUGGACUAUUCGCGAGUCAUUGACCUGGACCCCUCCAAUGCCGAAGCUGUCAGGUGGCGAGGCAUCUUGUCAUUCAAUCUAAAGUACUACUAUGCAGCUGAGAAGGACUUUCAGCAAGCCAUUCUCCUUGACCCCUCUCUGCCUUUCAUAUAUCGAGGACUAGGCCUUGCCAUAGGAGGCAGUGGGAGGUGGCGGGAUUCCCAGGCAGUGUUUGCAGAGGGUGUGAGGCUGCACCCCCAGGAUGCGGAUCUGUGGCAUUCCAAGGGGCGCGCGCACAAGGAGGUGGGCGAGGUGGCGAACGCCAUAGAGGCACUUGAGCGGGCGCUGCAGAUUCGAAAGGCAGUGGCGACCUAUCAGGAGCUUGUGGCUGUCAGCCGAUUCGUGGGUGACUACAGGGCCGCCAUACGCUAUGCACGAGAGGGGUUGAAACUGGACAGUGGAGACAUGGAGCUCGUUCAUGCCCACGCCAGCAGCCUGCAUGCCCUGGGCGACCUCGCUGAAGCUAUGCGCAAGUACCAGGCAGCGUUGGCACUGCAACCAAGGGACCAGGAGGCGCAGGCUCUCCAGCACUCCAUGUUCUACCAGGCAUGUUCUACCAGGCAUGUUUCAGCAGUGCAGUGUUUUUAUUGUGCUUUUUGUCCCACUGCCAAAGCCUCACCCGCUCCCACUCAUCUCCCUUUUUCAUAUGGUUCCCUUUCUUCCAUGCCUGUACAACUCCCCUUCUCCUCUCAGAGGGAGGUUCUGGCCUACACCAUUGCUCGCUUGCAGCAACCGCUCUCCUUCAUCCGCUUCGACUGGGACUUUACUGCUGAGUUCAGAGAGGCAUGGACCAAGAAGGACCCUAUAGCAACGCUGCCAGGCUACCAGCCCCUCUCGGUCACUGCACGCCAAUCACAGCAUGCCACGUUGCAGUCCCUGCCCAAGCUGUCACGAGAAGCGUUGGAUCUGAUCGAAGCAGCGGACAGGAUUGGCCAGCGGGCCCACUACCACUGCGAUGCUUUCAUGGAAAACAGGCAGCAGCUGCGCAUGGCAGGGCUGGCAGCACUGGACGUGAUGCAGCAGGCAAGGGCAACAUGGGAUGCUAUGGAACAGGAGCAGCAAGAGGGAGAGGAGGCAGCAGGUGGUGACAGAGUCACAGACGCUAAAACAACCAAGGAAAACGAUACACCAGGAGGAGGGGGAGGCGGCGGAGGGGUAGAAGGCAGGGAGAAGCAGAGGCAAAAGGGAAGAGACAGUUUGGCCAAGGGCAAUUGGAAAAGCAGCAGCAGCAGCAGCAGAAUCAAGAGGACAGGCAGUGGGGUGCUGAAGGGGUGGAGGGAUGUGUACGAGGUGAUCACGAGAUGGAGGCAGAUCUCCGAUCCAACGGAUGCUGUGCUCUGGAAGGACCAACUCAAGAAUCGCUUUGCGCAGGGCUUUCGGUCGUCCACGCCCAUCAAGGUGUGGGAUCUGCAGACCGUCAAGUAUUACCCUGUGUUCAACAAGUCGUUUGAGGCCAUGCGCGAGGCGCUACUGGAGUCAGAGAAGGCCUUUGCAAACAACCAGCCCUUUGCUGUGCCGCGCAACACACGUGGCGACAUGAUCACCAGGGCGGCUGACCUGCAGGCCCUUCAUCAGGCUGUGGGAAAGGACUUUCUCGUCCAAGCACCCUGCUACAGCCAUGCCGCUCCAGGGUACGCCUUCCCUGCUACAGCUGAGCAUUUGAGCAGUACUGUAUGUCCUGUUCCAUGCCCCAACCAUGAGGCGCUGUGUGCGGCAGUGCUGGACGCACACACAGAAGGAGCUGACCCGCAUCGCUACCGUCAAACAAUUCAAGACGCCAUCCUCCGGCUGGGGUACUUCUGGUUCCAGCUCAUGCCGUUGACUCGCGGGUCCGCCAUGGUGGGGGUGGUCUCCAUCCUCGGCCUGUCCAUGGCUGCUGACAUGGAAACCACAACGCUCAUCCCCCAUGGGGUGCAGGUGGACUGGGAGGCUUUACUCGUGUCUCGCUUUGAAGACUUCAAUGCCUCCAUUGCCCCAUGGCUCUUUGCCUCUACUCAAAGCUCACCCUGGGGUCUUGCCCCUAUUGAGGGCGUCUUAUCCACAACGCACCAUGUGAUUGCAGCGUUGAGCUACGAUAGAAAGCAUAAAAGGUGA